AUUGUCAAAGUCUUCUAAAUCAUUUUCAUUGCAUACAAACACAAAACCCAAUGUUUUCGUAUGCUGUAUAGGUAGAUCAAGAUGGUAGAUUAACAAAUUUAUUUUGGAGAGAUAGCUUGUCAAGAUUUGAUUAUGAUUGUUUCGGUGAUGUGUUGGUAUUUGACACUACGUAUCGUACCAAUAAGUAUAACAUGAUAUGUGCACCUUUUGUUGGGGUUAAUCACCAUUGGAAGAAUAUUCUAUUCGAUUGUGCAUUUUUGUUGGAUGAGACUGUUGAAUCAUUUAUUUGGUUAUUUGAGGCGUUUUUGAAGUCUAUGGGAAAUAAGGCUCCGAAAACAAUGUUCACCGAUCAAGACCAAGCGAUGGCAAAAGCCAUUAGAAUUGUGUUUCCGAAUACACAACACCGUUUAUGUACUUGGCACAUUAUGAAAAAUGCCAAUGAAAACAUUCCAAAUCUUUACCACAAUUCGGAUUUCAAGGAUAAAUAUUUCUUAGCGCUUAUGUAUAGAUGUAGAUCGGAGGACGAAUUUGAAUGUACUUGGAGAAAAAUGGAAGAGGAGUGGGGUGCUGAGAAUAACAGUUGGCUUAAGAGAUUAUAUGGUCUUAGACAUAAAUGGAGUUUAGCUUUUGGUCGUGAUACUUUUUCAUGUGGUAUAAGAUCAAGCCAAAGGAGUGAGAGCACCAAUAAUGUUUUUCAACGUAUGUCAACCAAGACAUUGACUCUUGUAGAAUUUGUCCAUCAUUAUGAAGAACAAGUGAAACACAUGAGAGAAAUAGAAAGUCAAGAUGAUUACAAUUCUCGAGGGAAGCCCAAAUUGCAAGUUCCGAAUAGUGGGAUUUUGACGCAUGCUGCUUCAUUGUAUACUCGUACCAUUUUCAAAAGGUUCAAUGAAGAAUACUUGUAAAGUCUCUCCGAAUUUAUCUCAAGUACUACGUUAGAUGGAUCGGUUCAUUUGUAUACUCUCGGGUGUUUGGGGAUUCAACGUGAACAUAUUGUCAGAUUUGACCCCUGAGACUUGUCAGUUUCUUGUGAAUGUAAAUUAUUUGAAUCAAAAGGGUGGUUGUGUCGCCAUGCCUUGAAAGUGUUGGGUGGGAACAUCUUGAUUACAAGGAUUCCAUCUUCUUGUAUUUUGAAGAGAUGGACUAAGGGUGCCAAACAAGGGAUUGUGGAUUAUGAAUCUCAUCAAAUGUCACCGGGUGCAUAUAAGUUUAAUCGAUUUUCCACGUUAAUGCAACAAUCUUUGGAACCGAUGAGUUUGGGAGCUGAAGACGCAAAUACUAUGAAAAUAGUGACGAAGAACAUGGAAAAAGCAAAGGCUGAAAUUUUGUCAUAUAAAUCAAGUGUGGUUGUUACUGAUGAUGCUAGUGAUGAUGAUGAUGAUACUGAGCCUUCUUUGUGCAAGAUUUCAGUAUUGGACCCCCUUCGAAGGAAAGGAAAGGGAAUGAGUUAUGGAAGGCUUAAAAGUUCAAGUGAGAAAAAGAAGAAAAAAUCUAAGAAAGGAACAUCCUCAACGCGAAUAGAAAGUCGAGAGUUGGUUGUCCAAGCAACACAUGAUGAAACUCAUUUCCCAGAUUAUUCGAGUAAUUCAAAUCCAUUUCGAAGUGCCUUUUAUCCUAACAACAUUGGUGGUCCUAUAGUGAAUCUAAAUUUUCAUAAUCGGAUGCAGCAGCCACCAUACAUCAUGCCACCGGGGAAUAUGAAUGGAUUUUGCCCAUUCCCUAGUCGGAUGCAAUCACUAUAUAUCAUGCCGCCGGGAAUUAUGAGUGGUUUUUCCCCGUUCACUAGUCAGAUGUUGGAGUACCAUGAUAGAUCUCGGGGAACCAUUUUGAGUCAGGGGUCAUCAAACUCUUUUCAGCAUCUUGAGCAUCCUGCAAGCAAUAGAGAACAAUUUGAUGAGCCGAAGGGCAAUUCAUAAGGCCUUUGUCCAGCUGCUGUUAUGUUUUCUGUUACACAAGGUAAAUGCACAACUUGUGGCAAAACUGCCCAUCCACUUGAGAAG